CCUGUCAACCACCCCAAUUGUCUCUCACUUUUGUCAACCAUAGCCGCGUCCUGGGUAGCUAUUUAAGGCGCCGUCGCUCGCACCCGAUCGCAAACAAUUCCUCCCCAAGAACCUCAAGCUUCGCGAAGCCUUGAUUACGCCAUGGCGGACGCAGAGGAACAGGUCAAAGUCCUCUCCAUCUCGGAGCCUGUCCCGGAGCCGGUCGUAAAGCGAGAGCCGAAACCCAAGAAGGAGCCCAAGCCGCCGAAGGAGAAGAAGCCCCAGCAACAGAAAAAGAAGACUGAGGGCGCCGCUCUCAUUGGCAUUGACGUGUCCAAGGAAGUCGAUCUUGGAGAAUGGUAUCAGCAAGUCAUUACGAAGGGUGGGAUGAUCUCAUAUUACGAUGUGGCAGGCUGCUACAUCCUGGAGCCCGGAAGCUACGCGAUCUGGGAGUCUAUCAAGGACUUCUUUGACAAGAAGAUCAAGACCUUGAAAGUCAAGAACUGCUACUUCCCCAUUUUCAUUAGUGCCGAGAACUUGGAGCAGGAGAAGGAACAUAUCGAAGGCUUCGCUGCUGAGGUCGCCUGGGUCACCAAGGGAGGCAAGAGUAUCCUCGAGAAGCCUGUCGCUGUUCGCCCGACGUCGGAGACCGCUAUGUACCCCUACUUCGCCGACAAGAUCCAAUCAUACCGAGACCUUCCAUUGAAGCUAAAUCAGUGGAACAAUGUUGUCCGUUGGGAGUUCAAGCAUCCGAUGCCUUUCAUUCGGAGUCGCGAGUUCCUCUGGCAGGAGGGCCACACUGCUCACCUCACCAAGGAGGAAGCGGGUACCGAAGUCCUGCAGAUCCUAGACUGGUACGCCGACGUCUACCAGGAGCUCCUUGCUGUCCCGGUGGUCAAGGGAACCAAGACUGAGAACGAGAAGUUCCCGGGAGCUGACUACACUACCACAAUCGAAGGCUUCAUCCCUGCCACCGGACGAGGCAUCCAAGCAGCAACUAGCCAUUGCCUUGGUCAGCAUUUCUCAAAGAUGUUCAAGAUCACCGUUGAGGAUCCCUCGGCCAAAGAAGCUGGAAAGUCUGAGAAGAUCUACGUUUGGCAAAAUUCAUGGGGAUUGACUACGCGGAGCAUUGGUGUCAUGAUCCUUGUCCAUAGUGACAAUCGAGGCCUCGUCAUUCCCCCGCGAGUAGCAGAGGUGCAAGUUGUGAUCGUCCCCGUCGGAGUUACGGCGAAGAUGACCCCCGAGAACAAGGACAAGCUCUAUAAGGAGGUCGAUGCUAUUGCUGAAGUCCUCAAGGACGCUAAUGUUCGAGUCGAAACCGAUUUCCGCGAGGGAUACUCUCCGGGCUGGAAGUUCAACGACUGGGAGCUGAAGGGCAUUCCGCUCCGAAUCGAGUUCGGUCCGAAGGACUCAGAGCGACACGUCGUAACCACCUCUCGUCGUGACAUCGACGACAAGGACCAAGCUCGAGGGGAGGUAGCUAUCUCAGACCUCAAGGACGCCAUCCCGGCGCUCCUGGAGACCAUCCAGACCGACAUGUUCAAGAAAGCCGACUCCGAAUACCGCGCCCAUCGAGUCGAGAUCAAGGAGUGGGACAACUUCGUUCCGGCUCUCAACGGCAAGAACGUCGUACUUUCCCCCCACUGUCACGGUGACAAGUGUGAAGACGAGAUCAAGGACAUGAGCGCUCGCAAGGAGGUGGGCGACAACACGACAGUAGACUCAAAGGCCCCAGCUAUGGGCGCGAAGACCUUGUGCAUUCCGUUCGAGCAGCCGGCGGGCAUCAUCGAGGGCGAGACCAAGUGCGUGAACCCGAACUGCAAAGGUCUUGCUAAGAGCUGGGUGCUUUUCGGUCGUAGCUAUUAGCGGAUCAGCAUAGCGAGCGGUGUACGGGCACGGGAAAAGAGUCAUGUCUUCCUUAGGAUGUCUUUCUGAGGGCGUGUAUGCGGAGGGCAAAGCGUGUCACGAAUAUUGAGCGAUUCAGCUAGGUCGAGCAAAGCCAGGUACCAGGUUAGGUAGGCGUCACGACUAUAGGACGAAAAGUCAAUGAAAUCAGGAUUGAAACCAG